AUGCCCAUAAUUAAAACUAUAACUCGAUCAAUUAGAGCAAUACUUGCGACCCUUUAUCUUGUAUUAAUAAUUCUAACUAUUCCAUUAGCAUUUGAUGUUGGAGGAGUUAAUUGUGGAUUAGCAUAUUCUUUAACAACUUUAGUGACAUAUUUUAUAUUGACAACAAUUAGAAUUUUAGUUCGUAAAACAAAAUAUUUCCAAUGGAUUUCAAUAAUUUAUUAUUGUCAACAUUUUUUCAUCCCUAGUUUAUUAACUUAUUUUUUAAGUUAUUAUAGUCAUGAAAACAUCAAGAAAUUAGAUCUUAUUAGUAGUAGUGGAAGUGGUAGUACUAGUACUAGUACUAGUAGCAAAUUUAAUCCGGUGAUGAUUUGGCGAUUGGUAUUGAUUAAUUCAACUCCAAUAUUCACGGUUUUAGAAGGGUUUUGUUCAUUAUUAUUAAUUCAAGCCAUGGGUCAAACCAUGAGUUGGUUAACGAUAUAUAAAUCUGAUUCUUGGUUAAUAAUAUCCCUUAUAGGAAGUGGAUCAGUGAUAACGGCAUCAUUUUAUUUUUUAUAUCGAAUUUAUGUUUUACCAUUUACAAUUGAUAUGUUUAGUGCUUCGUUGUUGGGAUCAAUUUUAACUACAACUAUGGGGUUAGGAUUAUUUGGCAUAAUAAGUGGUAAAGGUUCAAUGAUUGAAUCAUCAUUAUUAUUUGCUUAUAUUGUUAAAUGUAUUUAUGAAACUUUCCCCAUAUUAUCUGAAGCUGCCACCAAAGCAUUAGCUAAUUUAUUCACCUUAACUACUCAAAAUUUGAAAAAAGAAAUUCCAAAAAUACCUCCAUCAAUUUUAAAUCCAAUUUCUGAAGUCAUUCCAUUUAUAACUUCAACUUUACCUUCAUCAUUUAAAGGAGUUUGGAAAUUUUUAAUCAUGGCUAUAAAAACUUUAACUUUACCAUUGUUGUUAAAUUUAGCUUAUAGAAUAGGAGUAUUUUAUGCCGCAACUAAAAUCAUCCCCAGUUUAUAUCAAUCAGCUUCUUAUCCUUUAAUAACACCACCAAAAACUCCUCAACCAGGUUCACGUCAAGUUUCAACUACUUCCUUAUCAACCUUCACAUCAUCGACAACAUCAACCGUAUUGGAUCAACAUUCCAAAUUGAGGACGAAAAAUUCGUUUCGUCUUAAACCUCCACAUCAUCAACCACCAUCAGUGAUUAUACGGCUAAUUUAUGCUUAUUCUCCAUGUUUAAUAAUUGCCGUUUAUACUCAUUUAAUGUUAUCUUAUAAUGGAGAAUUAGGUACCGAAUUAAAACUUUGGCCCCUUUGGAGUAGUAGUAAUGGUGGUGGUGGUGGUGAUGAUGAUAUUCAAUUGAUUGUUCAUCCAUGGCAAUUUUGGAAUUGGAUUAAUAUGGGAACAACAUUAAUACUUUAUGCUGCUGAAUUACUGAGUAAUGAUAAUUCAUCAGGUGGUGGUAAUAGUUUGACUAGUCAUUGGAAAGUAGAAUAA